AUGGUGGAGAUCUUUGGUAUGGGUAAAAACAACAAAACCCAGGCCCGUGAAAAAGCGGAGGUCAAAAAAUUGGAAGGGAAUAAGUUGUUCGCCAGCAAUAACUUUAAAACCGCAAUUGAAUGUUACUCUGAAUCUAUAAGACUUGUCGAAGAUGCAUAUUUAGGCUCUAACUUUGAUAAAGGCUCGAAUAAAGAUUGGAUAACACCCGAACUUAGAAACACCAAUUUACACCAAUAUUAUUCAAAUCGUGCAAUCUGUAAUAUAAAGAUUGAGAACUAUGGAUCUGCAAUAUCUGAUGCCAAUAUCGCUAUAGAACUCCAGCCGGAGUUUUUCAAAGGCUAUUAUCGCCGUGGAUGCGCUUAUCUCUGUCUCCUGAAAUUUCAGGAUGCAGAAACGGAUUUUCUCAAGGUCCUUUCUCUUUGUAAUGACCCUACAGCACGCUCAAAACUGAAGGAAUGCAAGAAAAUCCUUCGUGAACACAAGUUCACUGAGGCCAUCAUGAGAGAAGUCCCUCCUCCUUUGCAUGAAACAUUAAAUGUGGAUACAAUUACCGUUGACGGAGAUUACACUGGGCCCGUUUAUCAACCAAUCGAAAACUUAGACGCUAAUCAAAAAAAUCUGUUUUUCUCUCAGGUGAUAGAAUAUAUAAAGGUACCUGAUAACAAAAUUCAUAAAAAAUAUCUUUGCAUGUUAAUCCUCGAUCUUAUAAAGACCGUGAAAGAUUACCCCUCUCUUGUUGAUUUGCCAAUCUCAGAUUCGGAAGAGAUUACAAUCUGUGGCGAUAUUCAUGGCCAAUUUUACGAUUUGCUAAAUAUUUUCAGCAUAAAUGGCUUUCCUAGUGAUUCCAAUGGCUAUUUGUUUAAUGGUGAUUUUAUAGACAGAGGUUCCUUUUCUCUAGAAUGUGUUCUAACGCUAUUCCUUGCAAAGGUACUAUUCCCCAGCAAGUUUCAUAUUGUACGUGGAAACCAUGAAACUGAAGCACUCAAUAAGUGUUAUGGCUUUAAGGGCGAAAUAUUGAGCAAGUAUGACCCGAAGAUUUAUACCUUGUUUUGCGAAAGCUUCAGAUACUUACCACUGGGCUAUAUUUUGAAGAAUAAAGUGCUCAUAAUACACGGUGGACUUUUCGGUACAGAAGACGUAACAUUGGAUGAUUUAAGAAGGAUAGACAGAUUCAGAGAACCUCCAGACUCUGGACUAAUGACUGACAUGCUGUGGUCCGACCCUAAGCCUACCAACGGGCUAUCCCCAUCAAAGAGAGGUGUAGCUUUUGAGUUCGGCCCAGAUGUCACACACAAGUUCAUAAGGGAUAACAGACUCGACUAUAUCAUACGAUCCCAUGAAGUUAAGCAGGAGGGCUACGAAGUGGAACACGAUGGAAAGAUUAUCACCAUUUUUAGCGCUCCAAAUUACUGUGACCAGAUGGGAAACAAAGGUGCCUUCAUCAGGAUACGCGGCAACGACAUGAAACCAAAGUUCACUCAAUUUGAGGCUGUAGAACACCCACCCUUGAAAGCAAUGCAUUACGCAAAUCCUCUAUUCAGUGGAAUUUACUAA